UUCUCAUUUAUAUUAAUAUGUUCUCUGCAACUCAGUGGUGAACUGUUUGAGGACAGGGCUGAAGCAAAUUGUAGCUGGUAUGAAGCCUCCUCCACAACACGACUGGAUAGCUCAGUCCCCCACUGUACUGGACAUAUCCAUCGCUUCAUUGUCACACUCUUAGUAUAUAUCUUCCCCACAGUGUCCUAAAAGAAUUUAUGUAACUUCUAACUUAUCUAACUUCAACUUUCUGUUGACUUACGUUUUUACAGUAGAAGAACAAAAAGGAGUGUGAUGCACGUACGUUGUGAUGAUAGGAUUUGUUAUAGCUAAGCAACAACUUUAACUGAUUCAUCAUGUUAAAAAAUAAGGGUCUUUCAUCUAAAAAAGAUAACUUAGCAAUCACUGCAGUUGCUUUACAAGACCACAUUUUACAUGAUCUUCGGCUGCAAGACCUUUCAGUAGCCACGACAAAAGUGCCAAAGAAGAAGAAUAGAUCCAAAGCUUUGAAAAGAGAGACAAAAGCAGUAAUAGACACAGGACUUAGAAAAUGUGCGCAGGGCCCCAAAGUGGAAGAUCCAGAAAAAGAGUAUGUUCUCGAUCCAAAGCCACCACCAUUAACUCUAGCACAGAAGUUAGGCCUCUUUGAGCCUCCCCCAUUGCCGCUGUCAUCUGAUGAGUGGGAGAAGGUGAAGCAGAGGUCCGUCCUGCAAGGGGACUCCAUGCAGCCCUGCCCGAUAUGUAAAGAAGAGUUUCGCCUCCAUCCCCAGGUGCUGCUUUCAUGUUCCCACGUGUUUCACAAAGCAUGCCUUCAGGCUUUCGAAAAGUUCACAAGUAAAAAAACCUGUCCUCUCUGUAGAAAGAACCAGUAUCAAACCAGAGUGAUACAGGACGGGGCCCAGCUGUUCAGAACCAAGUGUGCGACAAGAAUCCAAGCCUACUGGCGAGGAUGCAUUGUGAGAAAGUGGUACCGAAACCUGAGAGAGACAGUACCUCCCAGAGAUGCCAAAUUAAGGAGAAAGUUCUAUGAGAAAAAGUUCACAGAGAUCAGUCACCGUAUACUGUGCUCCUACCACACCAACAUAGAAGAGCUUUUUUCAGAAAUUGAUCACUGCUUAGCCAUCAACCGGAGCGUUCUCCAGCAGUUGGAAGAAAAGUGUGGCCGUGAGAUCACAGAGGAGGACUGGCAGAAAAUUCAAGUGCAGGCUCUUCACCGGGAGGCCUCCGAGUGCUCCAUCUGCCUCACCCCCCUCUCUCUCAGCCAGGCAUCUAUGGGGGUGUGGCAGCGGCCUCGGGAGACGGUCCUGCUGUCCUGCUCACACAUGUUCCACCACACGUGUCUCCUGGCUUUGGAGGAGUUCUCCUCGGGAGACAGUGCUUCUUUCCACACUUGUCCUCUCUGCCGCUCUUGCUACCAGAAGAAAAUUCUUAACUGUUGAAUUUAUAUUCAGGAAAAGUUAUAUAAUUCUGAGAAAAAAAGUUGACAUUAAUUUUGGAUGAACUGCAUGAGUUGGGGUUAAAUAGUACAGUGUAAUCUGGUCUCUAGUGAAAUAAACUCUUGGUAGUUGCACAUAGGAAAUCUGACAAAUCAUCUAGCUUUAGUCUUUAGUUUAUAAAAGUAUCAAAUUCAUGAGUUUAAUCACUAGAUAUAAAUGAGGAAUGGCCAAAAAAAAUGAGCUUACUUAAAAAUCACUUAAAAAAAUUGAGGUUAGUGAAAAUAUAGCUAGUGUCUGACCAACAAGCUAAUAAACUAAAAAUACUCUUUAAAUAAGUUCUAAAUGUUUUCCAUUAAUACUUAAAGUAUCUUAAAGCCUAUUCCUAACAUUUAUUUUGUAAUAAUUGCUGUGUUUCUAUGUAAUAAAUUACUAUUGUAGUUAAACCCUUUGAACAUGUAAACCCAAAAUAUAAAAAUAAAAUACUCAAUGGUAUUCAACAUGAGAAAAAUGUUACAUCAAAUUUUAAUGACUUAUAGCAAUAAGCAAUAUAUAGCAAUGUUUUAGUUUAUACAUACAGAAAACCAUGGCCAGGCAAUCUUAGCACUCUGGGAGGCUGAGGUGGGUGGAUUGCCUGAACUCUGGCUGGCCUCAGCAAGAGCAAGAACCCAUCUCUAUUAAAGAGAAAAAUACCCAGGCAUCAUCACACACGCCUGUAGUUCAGCCACUCUGAAAGCUAAGGCAAGAGGUUACUAUGAGCUGUGACGCCACAACACUCUAGCCUGGGCCAACAGAGUGAGAGGCUCUGUCUCAAAAAAAUAAAUGAAAAACAAAAAUAGAGGCUCGGCGCCUGUAGCUCAAGCGGCUAAGGCACUGGCCACAUACACCAGAGCUGGUGGGUUCGAAUCCAGCCUGGGCCUGCCAAACAACUAUGACAACUAUAACCAAAAAAUAGCUGGGUGUUGUGACGGGCGCCUGUAGUCUCAGCUACUUGGGAGGCUGAGGCAAGAGAAUCGCUUAAGCCCAAGAGUUUGAGGUUGCUGUAAGCUGUGACACCACAGCACUCUACCCAGGGUGACAGCUUGAGACUGUCUAAAGAAAUAAAAAAUAAAAAUAAAUAUAUAUAUAUAUUACAUUUCCAGGUGGU